UUUUCAGCCAUUACAACAACUACUUAAUGCUUACUUAAAAGAAUCUGUGGUUUUUAGGGGUUCUUGAUUAAUUAAUAGUAGUAACAUUUUGUUUGAUAGAGGACUUUUACUUGUUACUUCGAUUGCUUUGUUGAUCUCGCUAUUUUUCUGUCGUCUUAUCUUGUAAGGAAAUAGCCUCUGUACCCCCACAAAGGUAGUGGUAAAGUCUGUGUACAUCGUACCCUGCCUAGACCCCACUUGUGGGAUUAUAUUGUUGUUGCUUUUCUUUUUCAAUCUUGAGAUAUUUCCUGAUUUUCUUGAUUUGGGGUUAUCAAAAACUCCUAUAGUUUUCCUUCUGUUGGAAAAUGAAGGUUAGUCUUUAUCUGAUCUUCCAAUGAUCAUGUCAAAUUAGACACCAAUAUUUUGAUUGCAAAAAAAAUAUCCUUUUGCUUUCACAAGUUGCCAAACAAUCAACAUCUAACUAGUUGUCUUAUAUAUGUAUUGGUUAUGUGUAUAUUUCAUUUUCAAGAUUCACCUAAUCUUAUUUUGUCUAUGAAGGUCACUCUCCUCCAAAUGUGGUCAUUUAAGUCCUUUGUUCCUUUAGGGAAUUGCUUUGAGAAGUUGAUUUUACCAUUUUUUGGCAUGUGAGUUUUUGUUGAUUUAUGCAAAAGGAGGAAAGGAGUAUUUUCUGGUGUUUGAGAUAUGGGUGGAUGUGUGUCGAGUUCGUCUAGGAAGAUAAAGUUAAAAACGAAGUACAUUCCCAAGACUCGUAGGUUUCGAAGAAAGGCACCAUCUUCUGUUUCUGUUGCACCUAUUGAGCAACUUACUGUGGCGGGAGAUUGUGUAACGGAUGUUGAUGUUUGUGAGUUUGUCACCAUAGACUGCGAGAGCAGGACGUCAAGUCCUGCAUUUCAUCACUCCGAAGACUAUCACCAUGUUGAUGUAACCGGAUUAAGCCAAGAGGAAGCAUGGUUUGAUUCGUGCAGUGUCCUCGAUUCUGAUUCAGAUGAAGACUUUACUAGUGUUCUUGGAGAAAUUUGCCCUUCACUAGUCGUUGCUGCUGGUAGCGCAUUAGAUCAUCAAAGUCAAACUGAAAGCGCUUUACACUUAAGUGAUACUGUCAACAACAUUGGUAUAUCAUGUGUGGAUGGAAAUAUUACUAAGCGGAGCAACAUUGUGGAGGAUCCAAGUUUGACAUCUCAACGAAGGAAGAUAUCCGUUGUAACACUUGCUGUUAGUAAGAUACUACAUGAUGGAGACACGACGACUGAGUUUUGUUCGUCAAGGAGAUUAUUGUAUCGUCCAAGAGCAGGAUUUCUUGUUCCACAUACCAGUGAUGUGAAAUCGACUCAAGGAUGUUGGAGUCCCAUAUCACCUUCCGUAUUUAAGCUUCGUGGCGUGAAUUAUUUCAGGGAUAAAAGGAAAUCUCCUGCGACGAAUUGUUGCCCUUACGUACCUAUUGGUGUUGAUUUAUUUGUCUGUCCGCGGAAGAUAUCUCACAUUGCACGGCAUCUUGAACUUCCCUUUGUAGAGCCACAUGAAAGAGUUCCAUCACUGCUCAUUGUCAAUAUACAGCUGCCUUUUUACCCUACUUCGAUGUUCCUCGGGGACAAUGACGGGGAGGGAAUGAGCCUUGUACUAUAUUUCAAAGUAACAGAAAAUUUUGAAAAAGAGGUUUCUUCACAAUUUCAAGACAGUAUAAAGAAAUUUGUAACGGAUGAAGUGGAAACCGUAAAGGGUUUCGCGAAGGAAUCAACGGUUCCUUUCAGAGAAAGACUCAAAAUUAUGGUUGGUGUAGCCAAUCCUGAAGACCUUCAUUUAAAUCCCGCGGAGAAAAAGCUCUUACACGCGUAUAAUGAAAAACCAGUGCUUUCGCGUCCUCAACAUGCUUUCUACGAGGGAGACAAUUACUUCGAAAUAGACUUGGAUGUUCAUCGAUUCAGUUACAUUUCCAGGAAAGGAUUUGAAGCAUUUAGAGAAAGACUGAAACAUGGAAUUCUUGAUCUUGGAUUGACAAUUCAGGCACAGAAGCAAGAGGAGCUACCAGAGAGAGUAUUGUGUUGUGUUCAAUUGAACAAAAUUGAUUUUGUAAAUUGUGGCCAGAUACCUCAACUUAUAACUCUUCUUGAUAAUAAUAAUAAUUGAAAUGAUUGAGAGCUAGGCCAAUAGUUGUAUAUAUUUUUGUCACAAGAAAAGAGACUAUGAAUUCUGAAAUGUAACGAUUAAACCAAUUUUUAUUUGUAUUAAGAGUGACACAUAAUGUCAAAAAAGUAAACAACUUUUUCAAUGAAAUAUAGUAUGACAAAAAAGUGAAAGUUGAAUUUUUUUUUCCAUGGUAUAAUAGGCCACAUCAACUUUUAAAAAAGUCCUCUUGGUGGUCCUUAAUUAACGGCCGAAAUGCGCACGUACUGAUUUUGGAAUCA